AUGGUGAUUGCUGGGCCGACUGAUUAUUCGCCAAUGCGCGCUGGCGCUGUGUCGGUUGCGUACGGAAUGCCACCGCCUGCCUCCGGAAUGGGGACCAUGGCGACGGGCCCCCCAACACUUCCUGCUCCGAAGCCCGCUCCUGUGCUGUCGGCGCCUCUUCCCGUCGCGCCGCCUGUCCCUCUCGCUGCGCCAAUUGCUGUGUCUGCGAGUCUCGCUCUUCAAGCUGUCGACCCCGCCGCUCCGUCUGCGGCCACCGAGUGGGCGAUUGUUGAUGGCGGCGUGCCGGCCCAGUCGGUGGGGUCCGCCACCACUCACGUCCUGGGCCAGCCGGCGCUUCCCGCCGCUCCGGCUCCCCCGUCUGCACUGUCUCCGGCGCUUGCGCCUCCUCUGCUUGUGCUGGCGGGAUCUGCUCCUGCACCGCCUGUGGCUGCGCCUCCCGCGCCUCCUGUGGCUGCACCUCUCGCACCGCCUGUGGCUGCUCCUCUCGCGUCGCCUGAAGCUGCUCCCCUUGCGCCGCCUGUGGCUGCUCCGCCUGCAGUGGGUCUGUCCGCGCCUCCCGUGGCUGUUCCCAUUGCUCCGCCGGUGGCAAAUCCCCCUGUGCUGUCUGCACAGCGUCCGCCGUCUCCUGGCCGUUGUCAGUAG